AUGGCUCGAAGAUCGCUCAAAAGACGUCAACUUGAAAUUUUCGAAGAGAAGUUGACUCAUGACCUCUAUGGUCCCACUGAUCGUGAUCCUGGCUUGAUUUGGGGCUGCAUUCGCUUCUGGCGCCUUGCAAUGCCGCGCCACAAGCCGGAUGAGUUAAGUCAGGACUUUUACAACAGCUACCUCCUGGAUGGCAACUACAAGGUUGAACGUUGGCACCAGCUAGCUCGGCAGAAAGGGAUUCCAGCCAACAUGGCUCCAUGCGUGUUCAACUUUCUCAACCUUCGCUCGAGGGACAACCAGUUCAAAGCAGCAGAUGCGGGGGUCAAGGAUGAGACCAACUGCCAAUUUCUCCUGAAGUUCAUGGCGACGGUCGGAUUGAUUGUUCCGAAAACUGCUGUUCCGGAGAAAGCCUUGGUAGAAGUAGCCACUCUGCACAAUUUGCUUGGUGAUGGCGCCGCCGUGUUCGAAAUAGAGGCGUGGGCCAAUACUGAAGCUGACCUGCAUAGAGGGCUGAUGCAGUCGUGGGACAAGAACAUGGCCAAAAUCAAAGCCAUGGUCAAGGCGUUGGAGCAGGAAGGCUCAUCUGAUGUGGAAGAGUUGGAGGAACUGGGCGAGCGAGGAGGUGAGGAAGAGAGCGCUACUGAUGACGAAUGUGUGAGUCUUUUGGCUCAUGGCUCCCGAGGGGUAGGUCCGGCAGAGAACACUGUGGAUCGCGGGUCGCAGUUGGACGAGGACGACGAGGACGACGAGGAGGACGAGGAGGACGAGGAGGACGAGGAGGACGAGGAGGAGAAGCCUUUCCCACUGCGUUCCGUCCCAGACACUUUGAGGGCUGCGGCAGACGACGAACUGGCCGAUUUGAGGGCCUCAGGCUUGUUUGAAGAGGAAGAUCUGCUGAAGGCGCAAAUGAAGCUCCGAUCAGCAGCUGACUCUUUCAAGCCUGCAGCAGGGGAGACACCUUCCGAUGCCCCGAAGCCGUCAGCAGGACGGGGGAAAGGCCGUGGUCGCGGCCGUGGAGGUCGGGGUAAGGGGAAAAAAGCAAAGGGAUCAGAUGAAGAGGAGUGUCAAGAGGAUGCCGGCACUGAUGCCGAUUUGGAGCAAGAAGACCAGGAACUAGAAGUAGAGCUUGAGGCAGAAGAGGGUCCGGGUGAAGAUGAGAAACCAAAGAAGACUCCGAAAAAGCCGACUAGGAGACGACGUGGCUCCCCUCGAACCCCAAAGACAAAGAAACCUAAGACCCCCAAGCGCCGAAGAACCCCGAAGUUGAAGCGGGCUCUGAGGGCAGCUACUGCUGACAAUGCUUUGCCAGAGAUCAAAGAACACCAGGAGGUGGUCCAAAAGUUUCGGGAUGAGGCCAACAAGGAGAUCCAGGAUUCCCGUUUUAUCAUCCCCUUCGAGUUGAGCAAUGUAAAGUCCUUCACACUGCCAUCUCUUUCGCCGAAGGGGCCUAGCAUCGGAGUCUUGUUUGUGACACGGUCCUUCUUCAUUGGUCCCAUCGAUCAACAGCAUGUCGACUCGGUGAACUCUAGCAUGGGGGGCCCUGAUGUCAAGGUGGAGCAAAGCAUGCGUGAUGGCCGGCUGGGACCCAUUAGCUAUGUGGCAUCUUGUGGCAUGGGCAGGACAGGUGACACCCAGGAAAGACAAGACAUGGCUGACACGCAGCCAGCCAGUGACAAGGAGAUUCAAGCCCACUUGGCCCAGUCGAAGGCUUCGAAGCCAAAGGUCGCAGCAAAGAGUAAAGGGAAGGACAAGCCGAAGUCAAAGAAUGCGAAGUCAAAGAAAGCGAAAGCUAUGAAGGUGAAGAAAGUCAGCACAAAAAAAGGUUCAAAGGCAUCGCAGAAGAAGACUAAGAACGGCAAGGGAUCAACUGGAAAGCUUGGGAAGAAAGUGAAUCCAAAGCAAGUGGCUAGGGAUUUGGGGCAUGAGUUGGCAGAAGCAGCAAAGGCACCUCAGCAACACUUAGAGCCAAAGGGCAACCAAAAAACAGAAGCAAAGGAAAAGGAAGCUCCUUUUUUUGCAGAUGUUGUGAAGCCUUGCAAUACCAAAGAACUACAUGACUUGUCGGAAGAGGAUGACCGCCUGGAAAAGCUCUACGACCUCUCACAGGAGCAGCUGGCUCAAAGGGUGCAGUCGUGCAAGACUCACCCCUGGUUCAACCAGUGGGUUCUGGAGGUGCUUGAACCCCAGACGGCGGAGGAGUGGAAUGCCGUGAGGCAGUUUGGAAAGGUGCCACAGGUGGCAUGUGAAGAGGUCUGGGACUUCGAGAAUUGGGUCAUGGCCAAGGAGAAGGCUGGCGAUCCAAAGAUUCCAGAACCCGAAAUGAACACCAAUGAGAAAGAGAAAGCAAAGGGUGAUACCGAGCAACAGACGAAAGAGGCAGAGAAGCCGCAGGAGAAGGAGACAGAGAUGACAGCAGAGAAUGAAACGAUGAAAGCCGUUGAGAGCAACCUGCUCCGACCCUCGACCUGUGACCUGGCCAGCCCACCUGCCACACCGGUGGCCGCUCCACAUGUUGUGUCAGAGGACCUACCCCCAGGGGAAGCAGCAGCAGAGGAGGAAAGGAAACUUAAGGAAGAGCAGAAAAAAAAGAGGCAUGCCCAGUGGGUGAAGUUCAUGCGGACCUUCGAGAGUAGCGCCCGAAAAACGCCAGAUGAAAUCAAAGCCUUGGGGGUAAAGGCCCAGCUUGCCAGCCGGAAGCAUGGUGAUGUGAAGCCACUCCAAGACCUUUUCGGACAGUGGCUGGAAGCUGGAGGAGACUGGCAAAAAUCUAAGGUGUUCAUCGAGUCAACCAACAAGGAAGGUACUGUCGACACCGACACACGGGGAUGGGUAACCCUGGCAGAGUUGGAGCACAAGAUGGGCCAUGUCGGUGCCGAGUCCAUGGUCAACUAUUUAGAACAGAACCGACCAGAUCAAUGCCGUGACCACCCAGACGCCCCAGGUGAAAUGACCUAUGUGGAAUGCCCGGUGCCAUCUGGCAGAGAAUCGUCCAAAGCAUGGAGAUACAAGCAGAUUCCUAUGUAUGAUCCUCAUAGCCUCCUCGCAUAUUUAUUUGAUGAGAUCAACCUCCAAAUUCCCACAGUGGAAGUUCGAAAAUACUGGCAGGCUGCAGCUGAAAGAGGGUGUCCGUGGGCACUGCGUGAAACUGGAGACCGCAUUCCGGUGAAAAUUUUCGGAGACGAUUGUGUCUAUGAUGAGCGCCUGACAAAAGCCUAUGGCAUAGUUUUGUCGCUUCCGCUCUGGCGCCCGAAGUCAGCUCGGAAUUCUAGAUUCUUGCUGUGGGCGCAAAAGUCCUCUCAGUUUGUUGGCAUUGAAGGAUUAUUGCCCAUUCUGGCUAGGAUGGUGUGGUCCCUGAAUCUGGCAUAUGACACCCAUCUACCAAAGACUGGUCAUCGCUUCGCUGUGUGCGAAAUUGGUGGAGAUUGGGCUUGGAACAGGUUUUUCUGGCAGUUUGAGCGCCACUGGAAUGGGAUUCGACCUUGCCCAUUUUGCGAUGUGCAAAAAUUUGGGCCUCUAGGCUACGCGGCAUUGCCGGAUAUGCCUUGGAAGUCCAACUUCGAUUUUCUCACCAACAUUGUGGGCAGUGGUGGGUCACAACGGAUGAAUCCAUUCGUUCUGCUGAGGAACUUCGACAUGUCUUUGAUCUCACCAUGUCAGCUACAUAAUUUGAAUCUUGGGCUUCUAUGGACGUCGAAUGGUGGAGCAAUCGCAAUUUUUGGAGAGCUGGGGUAUUUCGGAGACCCAACUACCAGUUUGGCUGUUGUAUUGGAAACUGCGUGGGACGAUUUUGUUCUUUUCAUGAAGCAAGAAGGCUUGAGAUGUUCGCAGCCCAAAUUCACCAUCAAAAUGAUAUUCAAAAAAUCUCACGGCGCUUACUUUAGUGCCAAAGGCCACAAUUCAAGAGUUCUGGCAGACUGGUUGGCAGAUUGUGCUCAGCGAGCUUGGGAAGGGCGCUUUGGUGAGGGGAGGCUGUUUGGCUUGUGGCUGCAAGGCCAGCCUAACUACCUACAACUCGCUCGGCAGGAUGAGCAACUGGUUCCGCUUUGUUUGGCUUUGCUGCUCAACUGA